CCGCCCCCGAGACCGCGUACCGCCAUCUUUGUUAGGGGCAGCGGGCCCAUCUCCGAGAUGCCGAAGUCGUGCGCGGCCAAGCAAUGCUGCAACCGCUACAGCAGCCGCAGGAAGCAGCUCACCUUCCACCGGUUCCCAUUCAGCCGCCCAGAGCUGCUGAAGGAGUGGGUGCUCAACAUCGGCCGGGCCAACUUCAAACCCAAGCAGCACACAGUCAUCUGUUCCGAGCACUUCAGACCCGAGUGCUUCAGUGCCUUUGGGAACCGCAAGAACCUGAAACACAACGCUGUGCCCACUGUGUUUGCUUUCCAGAACCCCACACAGGUCUGUCCUGAGGUGGGGGCUGGUGGGGACUGCACACUGGAAGAGUUUCAGCCUCCAGACACUGAAGGCCCUGUGAAACAGGUCUUACCAGAGAGAACAGAAGCAAUGGAGACUCCUGGACUGCCAGCCAGCCCCACGGGGUUGAGAAGGCCCCCUCUGGGACAGCCCUCUGAUCACAGCUAUGCCCUUUUGGACUUGGAUACCCUGAAAAAAAAACUCUUCCUCACACUGAAGGAAAACAAGAGGCUCCGGAAGCGCCUGAAGGCCCAGAGGCUGCUGCUUCAGAGGACGUGCAGCCGCCUGAGAGCCUACAGAGAGGGACAGCGGGGACCACGGGCCAGACGGCCAGCACAGCGGAACUGAGCCCAGGCCGGCUCUGGGAUGUGCGGAUGGUGGCAACACUCUGGCAGGAAGCGGUUUUCAGCUCUGCUGUGCACAUUCCCACUCGCUGCUAAUGCUGCCAGGUGCCUUGAGACUGGUGGGACUGGAUGCCAUGACAGGCAGUCAUCAGGGGAGGGGCCAGCGCUGGGGAACCUGAGGCACAGCCUCAGGUCUGCUAGGCUGAGGACCGCGGCUAUGGGGCCAAAUGUUAGGAGUUGUCACAGUCCUGCCAGAGAUAACUCAAAGGGAGAGGUGGCCGUUGUUGCAGUCCACCUCCAGGAACAUGUUUAGUCUGUGGGGUCUUCCUCACCUCCCCAAAGGUCCCCCACAUUAGCCUGUAUUUCUGAGUGACUCUUUCUGGCCUGGUUUGUGUAAACAUGGAAUAAAUUAUCUGAACUCUA